AGCCAGUUCCCUGCCAGGCUAUCCGCUUGGGCCAAGUUAUUGUCGACGUGUACUCAGUAGCUUGUCGAAGAAGUACCCCUUUUUAAAAAGCCAAAAUGAACAACAACGAAGGUGCAAAACUUAGUCCCGAAAUGCUGGUGGACCUAAGGGAAAAAUUCAAUGAAUUUGAUGCUGACGGUAAUGGACAUAUUACAACAAUAGAGCUCGGAGCAGCUCUGAAAGCUUGCGGAGAGGAUGUUCCUGGCUACAAACUUCGUGAUUAUAUAAAAGAAUUUGACAGGAACAGCAAUGGCACAUUGGAAUUCAAUGAGUUUGUGGAGAUAUUCUGUAAGGAGUCCUCACAGAUUAAAGCAUCAGGAUUUAAGAGCAUGGUAAACAAAUUCAAAGAAAAUGUGAAAGUUCAAGGAGGGGUUUCACAAUCCUCAGCAGAAGGCACAACACAUUCUUUAACAGACUCGGAACGAAUCGCUUUCUGUGAUUGGAUAAACAGUUCGUUAGAGGAGGACCAGGACUUGAAUCGUUUAAAGCUUUUGCCGGUUGACCCAAAUUCUGAUACGGAUUUAUUCAACAAAAUUCAAAAUGGCAUUAUACUUUGUAAACUGAUCAACCUGUCUGCUCCGGACACAGUUGACGAGCGUGCAAUUAACAUCAAACCAGAAGAAAAACUGAACAUUUACCUCAAACAAGAAAAUCAGAUUUUAGCCUUGAACUCUGCGAGCGCUAUUGGUUGUUACAUUGUCAACAUUGGUCCAGAAGAUCUCACCAAAGGAACACCCCAUCUUGUGUUGGGCCUUAUCUGGCAAAUUAUCAGGAUUGGUCUUCUCGCUAAAAUCAAUCUCGCAAACGUCCCAGGCCUCGCCCGACUCCUGCAAGAUGGUGAGACGAUGGACGACCUGAUGAAGCUCUCACCUGAAGAGAUCUUGUUGAGAUGGGUCAACUAUCAUUUGGAGCAAGCUGGUUCGAAUAAAAGAAUUAAAAAUUUCGGUUCUGAUAUUAGCGACUCAGAAGCCUACACGGUGUUGCUUUCUCAAAUCGCCCCUCCACAGUUUGGAGUCGACCAAUCACCUUUGAGGGAACAGGACAAGAUGAAACGAGCUGAACUGGUUUUGGUAAACGCAGAUAAAAUGAAGUGUCGUAGGUUCGUCCGACCUGCCGACAUUGUGAAAGGACAUACGAAGUUGAACAUGGCCUUCGUUGCUAAUCUGUUCAACACCUAUCCAUGUUUGCCGCCUGUGGAAGAUAUGGAGGAAGAGAUUGAAGAUUACGAGGAAACCAGGGAGGAAUUGACAUUCCGUAACUGGAUGAACAGUCUUGGCGCCAAUCCGUUUGUCAGCCAUCUUUAUAACAACCUUAGCGAUGGUCUGGUCCUCUUCCAGUUAUUCGACAAGAUCAAGCCUGGAAUUGUGAACUGGAACAAGGUGAACAAGCCACCGUUCAAGCAAAUGGGAGGGAAAAUGAAAAAGAUUGAGAAUUGCAAUUACGCCGUCGAACUGGGCCAUCAAUUGAAGUUUUCCCUCAUCGGUAUCGGAGGUGAAGAUAUUCACAACAAAACGAAAACAUUGGUGCUCGCUUUGGUGUGGCAAAUGAUGCGGGCUUACACGCUGAAAAUACUUCAAAACCUUGCCGAAUCAGACAAGCCUUUGGAAGAUAAAGACAUUAUAGCUUGGGUUAACGAGAAGUUGGAGUCUGCCGGAAAAACAUCGAAGAUUAGCAAUUUCAAAGAUCCAAGUAUCUCGACCAGUCUGCCAGUCAUUGAUCUCGUUGAUGCAAUUAAACCUGGCUCUAUUAAUUACGAUAUCGUGACUGCUGGAAAAACUGACGAGGAAAAACUGGACAAUGCAAAGUACGCCUUGAGUAUGGCGCGAAAGAUUGGUGCCCGCGUGUACGCUCUGCCCGAAGAUUUGGCUGAGGUCAACCCUAAAAUGGUUCUCACAGUCUACGCCUGUUUAAUGUCUGCCGUGUAUUCGAAGGGCAAGAAAUAAUGAAUUUAGUUAGCCUGAAAAAAACAAUGAACAACGUUCUCCGUAUGCCUUGUGAUUUUUGUUAUUCAGACUUUUCUAUUUUAAUAAUAUACUUGCAGUAAUCCUAA